AUGUUCACCGAUGGGCAUCGAAGCUCUGUUCCAUUGGCCUACACGGAGCAGACUGCAAAAAGUGUGGAACGCGAUAUUCAACGCAUGACACUAAACCACAAGGAGGAAAUAGAAGAGUUGAAACGCUUUUAUAAAGAACAACUUGAAGGAGCUGACACCCGUGCCUCUGAACAGUACUUUCAAAAGAUGGAGGAGAUGCGAAUGAAAUUCAACAAGGAUCGAGAAGAGAUUUGUGCUCAGGAAAGAAGACUCUACACUGUGUCCACUACACUUAUUCAAGGCACAGAGUAA